UAAUUUUUGAACAUCAUUAUUAUUCCAGUCCAACUAACCAGUACCACCAUCACGUCACAGAUACCACAAACUCACACCUACUACUAUUCACAAAUCCACAAUGACUCUCGCAAUUCCUGGCCAGCGGCUUGGUCCGACCACAAGCUACACCUCGGGGCCCGGGACGCACAUCCACGAGUCCUCCGUGUACGCCUCGAUCACGGGCACCGUGCAGAUUGAGAAAUCGAAAACGACGCCCAAAUCCACGGUCAGCGUUGCGCGGGGUCCGGUACCUUCGCCUUCGACCUCCGAGACCCCCGCGACGAAAAAAUACAACACACUCCCGAGUGUAGAUUCGACGGUUCUCGCGCGGGUGACCCGCGUGCAGAAACGACAAGUCACGGUCUCGAUCCUGAUCGUCGAGCCUCCAGCCUCAUCGAAGACGUCAAACACAACCUCAAACUUAUCAGACUCCGAACUGGCAGCGUUGUUAUCCACGGCCACGAACCCAGAAAACCACAGUAACAGCGACGACCUGCGCUUUCCGGCCAUCAUCCGGCGGGAGGACGUGCGCGCCGUGGAGAAGGACCGCGUGGUGCUCGAUGAGAUGUUCCGGGUUGGCGACGUGGUGCGCGGGACGGUGAUUUCCAUGGGCGACCAGAGCUUCUAUUACCUCUCGACUGCUAGGAAUGAUUUGGGGGUCGUCAUGGCGCGGAGCGCGAGUGGCAAUAUGAUGUUUCCUGUUAGUUGGAGGGAGAUGAGGGAUCCGGUUACUGGGUUGGCAGAGGAGAGGAAGGUUGCUAGACCGUUUUAAAAGAUGCUAGAUACUAGAUACCCAAAUAACUAAAUAAUCAAAAGUGAAUUACAAAUUGAAUAUCCCU